CGCGAAUUUAAAAACGGUACCGCGAAUAGGCCCAAUGGCAUUGUUGUACUAAUAAACGACAGUGUUUAGUAAAAACAAUGUCGCGAGAGAUUGCAACACAAACGAUGUCGUAGCAGUAGACGACAAGGUCGUUUCGUGGAGAACAAGCUCAAGUGAGCCAACGACACCGUGAGACUGUAAGUGGAGUCGUUUAAUAUUGAAACAGUGUCGCGAGGAAAAAACAAACGGAGCUGUUUGGAAAAGGAAACGACAUCGCGGGAUCAUGAAAACAACUCACGUAAAGUUCACGCGAAGCAGUUUAAGGAUCGAGGCGGUUGAGACAUGUGGGAGUUCAUGACAGAGCAGUUGAGGAAGCGAUUUCAUGGAGCGUGAAGGCUACGAAGAUGUUUUUCGAAUAAGAGCAGCGGAGCAAGGAGAGAGAGAAGGACAACCAAAUCAACACAGAUCAACUCUGUUCAAACUUUACCUUUUCUCUGUAACUCCUUCGCGGAGCUCUCCUUCCAGGAAGGAUCUCCAUAGUUGUAGUCUUUGUCGUAGUCGCGGAGCUCUCCACAGGAAUCUCCAUAGGAGUAGAGGUAGCGUAGAUUUCUCAAAAACUCCAACACCCUCGUUCGAACCGUAGUAACUGUCGUUCUUGGUUAGAAGUCAGGGGUGCAUCGAUCAAAUCAACACCGCCCGGCGGUGGAUAUUUGACGGUCACGUUGAUUUCACCAUUUAGAGGUGCAUCGAUCAAAUCAACGGCGCCGACAUUCGGCGACGGAUAUUUGACGGUCGUCUCAGCAAUCAGUGGUGCAUUCGAUCAAACGGCACCGCAAGAGUUUCCACCGCGAAACAUCAAAUCAACAUCGCCGGAAACGAAUUCGGCACCGGCGGUGGCAUUUGGUUUUCCCGAGGAAACAGGUUCGAAUUACAGCAAGGAGCUGUAGGUUCAGAGUGAGUCUGAUCAGAGUGACAGGGAGUCAUUGAGAGAUCAAAGCUGUACACUGUAAUCCGAAAUCACAAGAACAUAGUAUAACGUCAAAGGACUCAAGCAGAGUACCUUUGACCGUGGAUUAGUCGAUACUGAAUUCAUCAGUAUCGGAUACCACGUAAAAAUAUCGUGUCUGAGUUUUAUUUGUGUCUUACUGCUUUUCAUUUUAUUUCCAGCUCCUGUCAAAGUUCUUGAUUUGGUGCAAGUGUAAGUUCUGUGCAGAGCAGGGGUGAUCGAUUGGUUCGAGCAAAGAAGAGGGAAGCUGUGUUUUCAAAACGCAGUGUUGAACUCAAGUGAAUUGGGCCAGGUUACCCAAGGAAAUCUGAUAUCAAUCUCAGCCCAACCCACGUCGAGGUCAAUAGUCCAAGUCCGUGUCGUUUUGACAAACAUCAAAAGAGAAGUCUCUUUACCUUUCCUUUCGAUUGAUUUCUUUCUGCUCAUUUCAUCCUCUUCACUUGGUUUUGUCGAAGUCGAAAUUAGGGUUUAUUUCAGAUUCCAGAACCAGAGAACCAGAGGAGAUUAUCAACUGAGUUUCGCGCUCAACUCAAUCAACAAUAACAUGACACUUUUUUAUUAAACUAGCUGAUAAAUUAAAUUAAAAAGAAAAACAAAACUGAAAAACGAAAAACUCCUCUCUCCGGUCUCCGCCAAGUCGACCACAAACAAGUCAAACAAUCCCUUUCGCCGAGCUUUUGACAACGGGGAAGGAUUUCACCAGAUCGAUCCCUCAAACGCAGAUCUGAUUUCUCACUCUACAUUUGCUCUUGCUCAAAAGCUACCCAGUUCUCGUUUUCAUUUUCACUUGAUUUCCCUGAGAUGGCUGCAGAAACCAUUCUGAUCCCAGUUGCCAAACAAGUCCUUUCCAAGGCAUCUGACUUGGCCUUGGAGCAGAUUGGGCUCCUCCGCAGUUUCAAACCAGAGCUCCGAAAACUGAAGGACACCGUCUCCACAAUCCAGGCCGUGCUCCAUGACGCACAAGAGAAGCAGUUCCACAAUCGUCAAGUUAAAGAUUGGCUCGAGAAGCUCUCCGACGUCAUGUACGAUGCCGACGACAUACUUGAUGAUCUCGCUACCGAGGCUCGCAGGAAGGCCGUGCUAGCAGCAGCAACAGAUGAGGAUGAUGGUGGCAGAGGAACGACGAAGACAACUACUACUACUACUACUACUUGUUGGAGUUUGGUAUGCUUCCUGUUCUCCUCACUUCCCAAAGAAUUAUUGUAUGAACUGGAGAUGGCUCGUGCCAUCAAGGCUAUUAGGGAGAAGCUUGAUGCUAUAUCCAAAGACAAGGAGACCUUGCAUCUGGAAGUCCAUUCUACUACCAAGGCUGAAGCUUUUCUUUCCAGGGAGACUGAUUCCUGCCCACCAACAAUUGUGGUUGGGAGGGAAGAUGACAAGCAGAAUAUCAUCAAGCUACUGCUGAGUUCCAAUCAUGAAGCCACCAUUUCGGUCGUGACCAUUGUUGGGAUGGGUGGAUUAGGGAAGACCACUCUUGCUCAACUUGUAUUUGAUGACGAUCAAGUCAAUGAUCACUUUGAUAUCAAAGUUUGGGUAUAUGUUUCUCAGAGAUUCGAUGUCAAAGUGAUUCUCAGAAAGAUGCUGCGAUCGAUAGAUUGUCGAAUUGAGGCGGAUUCUGAGUUGGACGACUUGCAAGCUAAAUUUCGUGAAAAAAUCAAAGGCAGGAGGUUUCUGUUUGUAUUAGAUGAUGUUUGGGAGGAGAGCAAUCCAAGUUGGGAGACUUUGGGGAAGUAUUUGACAAAGGGUGAGCCUGGAAGCAAAGUGCUGGUGACUACUCGAUCCACUAAAGUGGCGGAGGUCAGCGGUGGAGCUCUAAGGUCGGAAACAUGUACAAGCAUAGUAGAGCCUUAUCACUUGAAAGGAUUGUCAGAGGAAGAGUCUUGGAAUCUAUUGGUGAAAAAGGCUCUCCCCAGAGAAGUCUUGCGAGACCCACAAGUACAAGAAAUUGGUAAGCAAAUAUUGGGAAAAUGUGAUGGAGUUCCUCUCGCUGUGAGCGCCAUAGCCAGUGUGUUAGCAGAUUCAAGAGAUCCAAAGACCGAGUGGUCAACUUUUCUACAAAAGGGACUUUCAAGCAUCAUGAAAGGACAGGAAGAUCCUAUUAUGUCAGUGCUGCAACUCAGCUUCAACCAUCUCCCUUCCUAUAUGAAAAAUUGCUUUACUUUCUGUAAGCUGUUUCCGAAGGGUUUUGAAUUCGACAUUAAGAUGUUGGUUCAGUUUUGGGUGAUACACAAGUACAUUGAGACGGAGGAUGAAGGCUUUGACUGUUUCAAGACGUUAUGGGGGAGAUCGUUCUUCCAGGAGGUGGUUAUGGAUGAUUUGGGAAACAUGUUGAAAUGCAGAAUGCAUGAUCUGAUGCACGACUUAGUUGAUUCAAUGGGCGGAGAAAAGAUCAUGAGAAGUUCAGCUUCGACAUGUCUCGGAAAUAUCUCCUCGACAACUUGCCACCUGGCAAUUACCGGUGACAGUAAUGAUGACUCAAGAGAAGAUUAUUAUGGCGGUCAUGAACCGGGGAAUCCAUGCAAGGUACGGACUCUUAUAUGUUUGAAAAAUCUUUCAAACAAAGAACUCAAGCAAAUCUUUAGAAACUUUUUACGUUUGCGAGUACUGGUGAUCAUUGAAGGUUCGAACUCAGAAUGUAAUGCUUCGUCCUUGGAUGCUUCAUUGAUAUUGAAUUCUGUUCAUAAGUUGAAGCAUCUGAGAUAUCUUGGUCUUGGUGGUGCUGGUGGGGAAAAGAUCCCAAACUCGGUUGCUACAUUAGUUAACAUGCAAGUGCUUAAACUAGUCGAUUUCUGGAGACUAAAAGAACUGCCAAGGGACAUUAAGACACUUGUUAAUUUGAAGCAUCUUGAGCUCGAUUCAGAGUAUGUGGUGUUGAACCAUGUUCCAAAAGGGAUUGGGGAGUUGAAGUUUCUGCAAACGCUAUCCACUUUUGUAGUUGGGAAGAGGGUAGGUGCCGGGUUGGAUGAGUUGAAAGGAUUGAAUGCAUUGAGUGGAAAGUUGACCAUCGAAGGCUUGGCCUAUGCGGACACUCCGAGAGAAGGUGUUUAUGUGUUGAAAGAGAAGUUGUAUCUUCAGUCACUUGUUUUAGAUUGGGGCCGAGAUUGUGACAGAGAUGUUGAUGGUGUUACCCUCUUGUCUACUCGGGAUGAGGGGAUGUUGGAAAUGCUAUGGCCACACCCUAACUUGAAAAGCUUGAUGAUACGUGGUGGUGGUGUUUACCAAGGUGCGAAGCUUCCCAACUGGUUGUCUGGCCUCACAAGUUUGGUUGAGUUCUCAUUGAUAGACUGCAAGCGAAUCGAUUACUUGCCGCAACUGCAUCAAAUGUUUAGUUUGAUUAAGCUUACAAUUCAAAGUUGUCCACUAUUGAAGGGCAUCAGUCGUGAUGGUGAUGGUUACCAAGGCGCGACGUCUGGCCUCGCAAAUUUGGUUGAGUUCUCAUUGAUAGAUUGUAAGCGAUGCGAGUACCUGCCGCAACUGCAUCAAAUGUCUAGUUUGAAGAAGCUUACAAUUAAACAAUGUCCAAUACUAAAGGACAUCAGUCAUGAUGGUGGUAGUGGUGUUUACCAAAGCGCGAAGCUUCCCAACUGGUUGUCUGGCCUUGCAAAUUUGGUUGAGUUCUCAUUGAUAGACUGCAAGCGAUGCGAGUACAUGCCGCGACUGCAUCAAAUGUCUAGUUUGAAGAAGCUUACAAUUCAAAACUGUCCACUAUUGAAGGGCAUCAGUCAUGAUGGUUAUCAUGGUGAUAAUAAUUCUAUGGAAAACUCGGCAACAAAGGAAGAGGAUGACAAUUGGCCUCAGUUUCAUUGUCUUUCUAGCUUAUGCAUUAAGGGUUGCCCAAUGCUAACUCGGCUCCCCACUUUCCCUACCCUUGAAGGUGAGUUGCAGUUGGACAAUGUGAGCUUGGCACCAUUUGCUAGGACCAUGAAGAUGAAGAUGAAGAUGAGAAGAGGAGGUGUCGAUUAUUUGGAAGGAUAUUCAUAUAAUGAUACAAAUAUCCAUCCUCUUCUUCCUCCUCCUUCUGCUUCUUCUUCUUCUUCUUCUUCUUCAGCAUUGAUUCACCCCCUAUCGAAGCUGAUCAAGCUCGCCUUAUCUGAUAUGGAUGAUGAUCUCGAAUCCCUAUCCCAUCAUGAUUUCAAAAACUGUCUCCUCUCUAUUCAGAACCUGACCAUUGAGCAGUGUGGCCGAGGCGUGAAGCUACCUGGUUCAUUGUGUUCCAGCAUACACCUAAUAGAUAUUUUUAUAUGCGGUUGCAAAAUGAUAGAGUACCUCCCACCUCUACAUGAGCUGCCAUCUUUGAAGAUGCUAACUAUUGCUGAUUGUCCGAAUCUGAAGGAAUGCUGGUGGAAGAAGCAGCAGGGGAAUAACAACGAGAGCAGUUACCAUGAUUACUAUAACUUUGAUUCUUCAAUGGAAGAGGAGGAAGUGGUAAAGGAAGGCGAGGAGGCGGCGGCGGAGGAGUGGCCUCAUUUCCCUCAUCUCUCCUACUUGACUAUCCGCUACUGCCCAAAGCUAACCCGGAUACCUCUGUUUCCAACUCUUGAAGGUGGGUUGUUACUGGAACAAACCAGCGGUCAGGCACUAGUGCGGACAAUGAAGAUGAAAGCAGUAGUGGUUGCAGCUGUUCCUCAUCAUGUGGAUUCUCAACAGCAUUCUGCUACUACAGCUACCACCACCACAUCUCCCUCUUCUUCUUCGUCGAGGACUGCCCUUGUCGCUCCGCUAUCCAAGUUGAAGGAAAUGAUCAUUUCCGGCAUCGAUGACUUGGAAUCCCUACCAGAAGAAGGCAUCUGCAACCUCACUUCUCUCCAAGAGUUUGUGAUAUGGGAGUGUCCUAGAUUAGCAUCUCUACCUCCAGCGAUGCGAUACCUCACCUCUUUACCAUCAUUACGUAUUAAUGAUUGUGAAAAGUUAACAGAAAGAUGCAAGGAAGAAGACUGGCCAAACAUUUCUCACAUCCCAUACAUACUACUCAACUACAAGGAACUCCAAAAUUUAGCUGCAUGUACCGAAGGGAAACGAUGAUUGAGGAGGCACUAGACAUUGUCAAGUCUUUCAGAUCUAUGCACAUUCUACCUCACCGAAUGAAUGAAUGAAUGAAUGAAUGAUUCUAAUUAAGGCUCUCUGACUCUGAGGCAACCUCCACCAGGAUUGGAUUCAUAUUCUCGAUUUCGUUUUGUACUUGCUUUCAGUGGAAAGCAUGCUGAUUGGGUUGCGUUAGAUAUACUUGAAUAUGGAGGGUUAUGCAUGAACGUCAACAAUACGCACUCACAAACUCUCCCACUUAUUCUUGAUUGAACAAUGAGACAAAAGGAUCAAGUUAAAUACGAACUUAUUUCUAAUAUAUAUCAACCAUUUUAUCCGUGGAGAACAUUUCGCCAUCAUAGUGAAAAUUAAAAUGAAUAGAUGUUCCUUAA